AUGUGUGCUAUAGGACAUGGUGUUCAACGGGUUGGGAUGGCCGACGCCUGGAUAGAAAGUUUCCCCCAUACCGCUGCCUCGAUACUGGACGAGAUGGACAGCACGCUUGGGUUCAAGUUAUCCCGUGUCAUAUCCAAGGGACCCAACUCGAAGCUCAAUCGAACCGAAAAUUCGCAGCCUGCUGUCAUGGCCACUUCAAUCCUGAUACUCCGCAUCCUCGAGAAAGAGUUCGGAUUCGAUGUCAAGUCUCGGAUUGAUGUAACUUUGGGACACAGCCUCGGUGAAUUCUCCGCCCUAGUUGCCGGUGGCUACUUGGGAUUCGGGGACGCUCUCCAAUUAGUGCGACGCCGGGCUGAAAUCAUGGCCCAGUGUACGCGCACGUUGAUUGCACAAUCCGGCGAAACAUAUGGCAUGGUUGCGCUCCUCUGUGAGCCCGAACAUUUGGAUAGUUUACUUCGAACCGUCCAGGAGUUUCUUAGCUUGGAUCCACCAGGCAUCGAAGGUGAUGCACAGCACCCAGUCCCGCCAAUUCAGCAAGUGGUGGUUGCAAAUAUCAAUUCCAGGAACCAAAUUGUGCUCAGCGGCAGUCUUGAAAGAAUUAAAACACUCCUGGUUCAGCUCCGUCAAUUUGGCGGACAUGAUCCGAGGGCCGUCAAAUUGAAAAGUGACAGCCCGUUUCACAGUCCUGCCAUGGCGCAAGCUACCGAUUAUAUGAGACAGGCACUUGAGCAGAUCCACCUCACAUUCCCGGCAUCAUUACCUUGCAUUUCGAAUGUUUCUGCACUGCCAUUCCAGUCUGAAGAGGAUCUCAAGGACUUACUUUCCAGGCAAUGUGUUGAUACUGUCAGAUGGUGGGACAGUAUUCGAUAUCUUCACCAGGAAAGAGGGGUCAGGCGGUGGAUUGGAAUUGGCCCAGGAAAGGUCGGGCGCAACUUGGUUGGCAAGGAGGUCGGCAGAAUUGACACCAAGGGUGGAGGGGUUUGGGCUGUCUCUGAUCCUCGUGAGAUGUCGGAUAUCAUGGUGGCCUUGGAAGCAACCGAGCCUAAGCAUGGAGAUCUCCGAACACAAUAA